AUGAUUCCUCAAACAUUGCCAAUUUUACCACUGUCUAAUUACGUCCUGCUGCCCUCCAUCAUCACUACAUUGAACGUGUGUCCAACAGAAGGUCAAACUCUGCUCCGAAUGUCUUCUGCAUCCUACUUUGUUUGCGUGCCAUUCAAAAAAGAGGAUAAAAAGCAGAAUUCCAGUGUUGAUCUGAGCCAGCUAUUCCAUUACGGCUGCGUGGCACAAGUCAUUAGCUGUGAUACGUCCAUUCCAGAUCAAUAUGCCAUCAAAGUUAAAGGUGUUUGUAGAUCUCGUAUUCGAGACAUUUCCAAUUCAGAUGGUGGAUGUCUCUAUGAAGCAGUGUUGGAGCACUAUUUCGACAAGGACAACAGCAUUCAAUCAGAGGAGACACACAUCUUCAACUCGCUGUGCCAAAUGUACAUUUCCAAAUUGAAGCUGAUUGGCGUAUCGCGCCAUGUAUUGGAUCAAUUCAACCAGCUGCUGGCAAAAAGCCAUGUAUCGCAAGUAGCUAACCUGCUGCUUUAUCUGACGGACUCAUCUCUUGGCGAUAAGCUGCGUGCAUUGGAGGCGGUGGAUGUGAAGCAAAGGCUACAUCAAGUGCAUCAUGCAGUAAGCUCUUAUUUGCAGACGAUCAAUACCAGCACAAUAAAGAACAAGGGGGAUGAGAUGAUAUUUGAUCAUUUAAGAAGAAAUUUUUACAUACUGCAGGAGUUACACUCUAUCGACAUCAAUGAUACAACAGACAGUGCGACUGGUAGAUCCGACUCACAUUUUGAAGUCUGUUCUGAAGACGACGACGAGGUCAUUGAUCUAGUCCACAAACUGAAUACCAACAAUCUACCAGAUCAUGCUGUUGUUGCAGUCAGACGAGACUUGAAUAGAUUAAGAAAACUGCCCUCCAGUUCUGCCGAUUCAGCCAUUCUGAGAACCUACCUCGAGUACAUUAGUGAUCUACCUUGGUCGACGCAAGAUACGCCACGAAGAGAAUUAAACCUGAAUUGUGUCAGGGACCAACUUGAUGCCGAUCAUUUCGGCAUUGAUCAAGUGAAGAAGAGAAUCCUAGAAUAUCUAUCCGUGCUCAAAGUCAAGAAAGACGCCACACCACCCAUUAUCUGCUUUGUUGGUCCUCCAGGUGUAGGAAAAACCACAUUGGGAAAAUCGAUUGCUUCAGCUCUAAACAGAAGAUUUCAUCGCAUGGCGCUGGGAGGUGUGCGUGAUGAAGCGGAAAUCAGGGGUCAUCGUCGUACCUACGUAGGUGCUAUGCCUGGCCUACUGAUUCAUGGUAUGCGUCAAUGCAAAGUGCAGAAUCCAGUCUUCUUGUUGGAUGAAAUUGACAAACUGGUGACCAAUUCGAAUCAAGGUGACCCAGAUUAUGCAGCUGCCGCUUUGUUGGAGGUGCUUGAUCCCGCUCAAAAUGCAUCAUUCACAGACCAUUUUAUCAACAUACCCUAUGAUCUGUCGCAAGUGCUCUUUAUCGCUACCGCCAAUUCACUGGACACCAUUCCUCGCCCAUUGCUAGACAGAAUGGAGGUGAUUCAACUCGACGGUUACACAUUCAAUGAAAAACUGCACAUUGCAACCACACAUCUGAUACCCAAACAAAUCGAUGCACACGGCAUGUCCUUUUUGGGACUACAAAUACCAAAGAAUGUGGUCUUGUAUAUGGCAGAGAAAUACACCAGAGAAAGCGGCGUCAGAGGACUGGAAAGAUUGAUAGCAAAUAUAUGUCGCUACAAGUGUCGAGAGUAUGCAGAUCUGGAAGAGUCCAGUAAAGCGGAUCAGUUUGAUCGCAUGGUGUAUGUGCAUGAUUUGGAGGCUAUUUUAGGCGCUGAGCCUUUUGAAAAUGAGGAGGUUGAAUCUGAGGAGAUUCCCGGUGUGAUUACAGGUUUGGCGUAUUCUGGCAGCGGUAAUGGUGGUAUCAUGAUAAUUGAAGCAAAUCACAUGCCUGGUACUGGUAGAUUGAAGCUGACGGGAUCCCUGGGAGAUGUGAUCAAGGAAUCAGCGCAAUUGGCCGUAUCUUGGGUGAAGGCCAACGCAUUUGCACUGAAAUUAACAACCUCGCCAAAGAAAGAUGUAUUCCAAGACAUUGAUCUUCAUAUCCACAUGCCCAGUGGUGCUGUGCCAAAGGAUGGACCCUCAGCAGGCAUCGCCAUGGUAACAUGUCUCUUAUCACUGCUAUCGGGUAACUGCGUACCCACUACAACAGCCAUGACAGGCGAAGUAACAUUAAGGGGCCAAGUGCGUCCAGUAGGUGGUAUCAAGGAGAAGGUAGUAUCAGCCCAUCGUGCUGGCAUCAAAAAGAUACUAUUGCCUGUCGCCAACAAACGAGACAUUAUCAAGGACAUCCCUGCAGAAGUAAAGAAGGAAAUGACAUUUGUGUACUGCAAAUCCGUAUGGGAUGUUAUCGAAUCUGCAUUUGAUCAGUCAAAUGUGCGAUUUGAACCGAGAUUCACGAGUAGCUUAUAA